AUGCUCCCCUCUGGAGCAGAGGCCCAGGACUGGCAUUUGGACAUGCAGCUGACCGGCAGGGUGGUGCUGUCCGCAGCAGCACUGCUCCUGCUAACCGCAGCCUACAGACUGUACAAGUCCAGGCCUGCCUUGGUCCCACAGGGGGGCAGGAAUGCCAAGGCCAAGGCUGAGGAGGAAACAGGGGGCUCAGGGCAGCCUGCUGUCCAGGGGGCUUCUCCAGAGGCCCUGCAAAGAGGGCCAAGACGCCGUAAAGCCAGCAAGGGGGCUGGAGCAUCACUGGACUACAACAGGGAAGAUCCAGAAGACCCCUGUGUCCUGGCAGGAGCCACUUCCAAAGGCCAGGAGCUGGUGAGAAAAGGCUCCAUUGAGGAGCAGGAUUGGCAGUGCCUGGGCUCUGAGCAGGUGCCUCCUCACGGCUGUGGCCAGGAAGCCGGAACAGCCGUUGGCGGUAAGCCCAGCCCUCCCCACCAGCCCCAUUUGGGUGGUGAACCCACACUCUCCUCAUCUGGAUUGGCUGUGACAGUGGGUGGCAGCUGUGCAGGUGGUGGGCCUGCUCUGUGGCCAGACGGUGGGCCCCUUGAGCAACCAGGGCCAGGGGAGCCGAGACCGCCCCACCCUUGGACGGCCCUCACAGAAAGCAGUGGUGACAUGAACCAGAGCUGGGUCUUUACCUGUGUGACAGGGGUCAGCAGGGAAGAGGCUGGGACCAUCCAGGCCGCCUCAGACAUGGGCCUGGCCUUGUAUCAGCAGGAGGGAACCAUCAACGCCUCCUACACCUUCUCAUCCACAGCCCGGGUCCAAGUGGAGGAGAAUGUCAUACAGAAGGGGGAGGGGACGGGGCCCAGGUUGAAGGGCAAAGUGUAUGACUACUGUGUGGAGUCCACUUCAAAGGCUGUCUCCCAGAUGGCCCCCAGGACAGCAGCUCUACCUGAAGCUCCCUCCCCUGGGCCAGUGCCAGGGCCCCUGGGCACAGGAGCAGUCUUUCAGAGCCAAGCUGAGGACACAGAAGGUGCAGCCAUAGCCACAGCCUCCCCACAGACUAUGCUGCCACCCUCUGCACCACGCUUCAGCAGGAAGAGGAGCCUCGUACAGAUUGCAGACAACCCAGAGCUCCAGCUCCAGCCUGAUGGCUUUGGGAUCUCCACUCCAGCCCCCCGGGACCAGUGUACCCAGCACAACGCUGUUGGAAGCAGCAGGGAGCCCCACACGCAGCUCGUGGCAGGCACCAAUUUCUUCCACAUCCCACUCACCCCCACCUCAGCCCCAGACGUCCUCCUGGAUCUAGGCAAUUGCCAUGAAGUGCUGACCUUGGCCAAGAGGCAGAACCUGGAGGCCCUGAAGGAGGCAGCCUAUAAGGUGAUGAGUGACAACUAUCUCCAGGUGCUCCGCAGCCCGGACAUCUAUGGGUGUCUGAGCGGUGCAGAGCGGGAGCUGAUACUCCAGCGAAGGUUCCAGGGUCACCAGUGCCUGGUGGUGGCUGACGUGUGCCCCCAGGAAGCCUGUGGCCGCCUCUGUUGCUAUGAUGACAUACAGGACACCUGGCAUCCCCUGGCUCAGCUGCCCCCCGAGGCUGUGUCCAGGGGCUGUGCCCUCUGCAGUCUCUUCAACUACCUCUUUGUGGUGUCCGGCUGCCAGGGGCCGGGGCACCAGCCCUCCAACCGCGUCUUCUGCUACAACCCCCUGACGGGGAUCUGGAGCGAGGUGUGCCCGCUGAACCAGGCCCGGCCACACUGCCGGCUGGUGGCCAUGGACGGGUACCUGUACGCUAUUGGAGGUGAGUGUCUGAACACUGUCGAGCGUUAUGACCCUCGCCUGGACCGCUGGGCCUUUGCCCCGCCACUCCCCAAUGACACGUUUGCCCUGGCACACACAGCCACUGUGUGUGCUGACGAGAUCUUCGUCACAGGUGGCAGCCUGCGCUACCUGCUGCUUCGGUUCUCUGCACAGGAGCAGCGUUGGUGGGCCGGCCCCACGGGGGGCAGCAAGGACCGCACGGCUGAGAUGGUGGCGGUCAAUGGCUUUCUCUACCGCUUUGAUCUCAGCCGUAGCUGGGGUAUUGGCGUGUACCGUUGCAGUGCCAGCACUCGGCUCUGGUAUGAGUGUGUCACAUACAGGACACCCUACCCGGCCGCCUUCCGGUGCGCCGUGGUGGACAACCAUAUCUACUGCGUGGGCCGACAGCACACGCUCUGCUUCCUUGCUGACCACAUCUCACCCAGGUUUGUGCCCAAGGAGCUGCAGAGCUUCCCGUCUCCACGGGGCACCCUCCUGCCCACUGUCCUCACCUUGCCUGCCCCUGAUGUGCCUCAGACCAGGGUCUAG